AUGUCCGCAGAAAUAGCGGAAAAAUACGCGCACCUCCCCUUCCUCCCUCCCACUGUGGCUGCGUGCCAAGGCUUUGUUCACGCCUUCAACUCCAAGGACCUCCUCGACGUCUACCUCACUGAAGGUCCCUCCUCCCUCAUCUUCGCCUGUGAACAACAGCUGUGCCCAAAUCGCACGCCGCAAUCGAUCGAUCAAGACUACGAGCGUUACAAGGCCAUCAGAAGGGUCCAACAUCCGCUCGGUCCCCACAGCACCCACACAUCCCGCUCCGUGUCCCGGCACUCCUGCGCUGUCUCUCCCAGCUCUUGCCUCCCCCAAACUGUCGCCAGUACAAGUCAAGGAGGAGGAGAUCCCAAUCUCCCUCCAGACCCUGCUCCAGAGUCAGAGUCUGAAGAGAGGGCGAGUGAAGAAGGAAUCUUGGAGCCCGAGCCUACACUUCACAGUCGGGCCGCAUCGCCGGACACACUCCCCGCCGCGCCUCCAGUCCCUGUCCUACGUGACACCGCCCCUGGGCUUCCUUCAGUGCCUGUAUCGUCAUCGCCACCACGAGGCCACUCGUGCAUUCGCUCCCCCCGAAGUCCGCCUGGCGGACAGCCACAACCACCGCCUCCGCCCCCAGACUGUCCUCCAUCCCCCCCGGACCGUCCUCCGUCCCCCCCGUCGCCGAUAAUGUCCUCAGCCGCGUCCCCUCUGGAUAAGGAGAUGCUCAAACACCUUCUCCCACUUCGCUACGAUGGAAAGACGUUGCGUGUAUACUGGAUCGUCAACACGUCGCUAACCACCAUCGAGCUCAAGGUGCAGGUAUGCCUGAGUCUCCUUGAUGGUGAUGCUCGCACCUGGGCCACCCCGUUUUUUGCCCAGCUUGUGUCGGUUCAUAUCGGUACCCAGGGAGUUGCCACCAUGUUCAAAGCACGCUUCAGCAACCUCGACGACGAGGCAGCAGCACAAGUGGAGCUCGCCAAGCUCUGUGCUGACAAGUCCAUGCGUGAGAAGCGCACCGCCGCAGAAUUCUCCGCAAUGUUCAAGGGUCCGGUGGACCAAUCCGGGUAUGGUGACCUGGAACUCCGCGACAAGUACCUGAGCGGCAUCUCCUCCCGCGUCUACCGCAAAAUUGAGCUGGAGACCUUCACCACAUGGGAAGAUGCUGACAAGCGCGCCACGGAAGUUGAGCAACAACUCAACAUCAGCCAGGCCCGUCAGCCCGAGUUGAACAGUUUCUUCUCGGCUCGAGGUCGAGGACGUGGUGGGGCGCGUGGUGGUGCACCUCGCUCACAAGGUGCUUCGGCCAGCAUUAAUGCGGCCAUUGGAAAAGGAAACUUCCAUGGAGAAUGCUUCGGCUGUGGGAAGAGAGGGUACCGAUGCUUCGAGUGCCCCAACUGUAAGGACAAGCCUUACACAAAACGCGCCGACGCGUGGGCUAUGGUUGCCUCGGGUUCCACCCAGGCUGUGGCAAGCGCCCCUGUUGCUUCACCCUCGGCAAGUACAAGUGCCGCUUCAGCGAAUACUGAGCUGGCGGACUUGAUGGCACAGGUGAAGUCGAUGUGCGAGGAGUUGGAGCACUAUCGGGCAAUGAAGGAGGAGGGUUUUUGA